GACCCAGAAAAUACACACAUUCGUUUGAAGAUUUCGAGCAGCGUUUCUUUUGUGCGGUGACCCCGCUGGAGUAUGAAGCGUCAUCUCUCGGAAUAUAAAUUCUAAUUCUUCAGAGGUUUUGCCCAAAUAAAGCUCAUUUGUCCUGCUGCGGCGGAGUCAUUGAGCUGUGUUAGUACUGGACACGGGGUGAAGGAAGAUUAUAUGGCAGAGCACAUGAUGAUGCCCAUGAACCACGGCCAGGGAAACGGGGGUCUGCAUGGCUACCGGAUGGGCAUGAACGGAGGUCUGCAGGCAGGCCCCCAGCAGCAUGCGCCCCAGCCUGGCCUCAGAGCGAUGCCCAAUGGACAGAUGAUGCACUAUGGCACAGGGCCCCAGGGAAACAUGGAGGCCACCAUGCGCCAGCGGACCAACAUGGUGGGACCUAUGAAUGGACAGAUAAGUGGACAAAUGGGUCACCAUCAAAUGCAGUCGGCUAACAUGAUGUACAACAACCAGGGUCAGCCACAACAACAUCACGUUCAGCAACACCAACAGCACCAUCACAUGCACCAAGUGCAACAGCAACAACCUCCACCCCAGCAACAGUACAUGAGCGGGGGUCUCACGUCCCAGCAGCUUAUGGCUAGCAUGCACCUUCAGAAACUCAACACUCCAUACCAUGGACAUCCGUUGGCACACAUGAACGGCAACCACAUGGGAAACGGGGGGCAGUUCCGCAUGAAUCAGGCUCAGUUGACCAACAUGCAGCAUAUGGCAGGACCUGCUCUAAGUCUCAAUGGCAUGGAUGCAGAUUUGGUCGACGAAGAUGUUUUGACUGCACUGGUCAUGGAACUUGGACUGGACAGGGUGCAGGAACUUCCUGAACUCUUCUUGGGACAGAACGAGUUUGACUUUAUCUCUGACUUUGUGAGCAAACAGCAGCCAAGUACUGUUAGCUGCUGAGACUGGAACAUAUGGAUGCUUUGGAGGCGAAAUGGGCAACAAGAGAGUGAAGUUACUCGCUUGUGGUUUAUUUUUGUGAAGGCUGUCACCAAGAGAAGAGGUGAACAGUGAGAGGUUUGUUCACAGCAAGGGGUGAUCAAACUCCUGUCAGGACUACAGUUCUGAUUCUAGCUGGAACAUUGAGCAGUUCCGUGGAUGAAUGUAACAACAUUUCAGAACCGUGAUAGCAGUGCAAUGUAAAGACACUGAACCCCUAUUUGUCUUCAGUGCAGUUUUACAUUUAAAAACGUAUUUAUUUAUUGCUUUAUCAGAUGUAUUAACAUAGAUCAAACAAGCAGCAAUUACAUAAAAUAAAGUGGUUUAUGGCCAAGUUAUGUUUUAGAAUGGGAUUACUAUAUCUCUUGUGUUCUGGUUACUGAUAGUGUAGACCCAGAACUUUAAGUCCAUCCAAAGGCUGUGUGACCCAAAACUGCAAGUCUGUUUUGUUGGAUGGCAUUUACCAAGUUCUAGUAUCCCAAUGGCUGCUUGCAUACUAUAGUGGUAAAUGCCUGUCUCAUUACAACUGUGUGUCUAAGCUUUAGAAUUGCCUUAAAUCAAGUUGCUUUUAUUUAUUUGUCUAUUUUUUUCCCCCAUGUGAGUUGUUAAUAAAGAUGGCCAGGUUUUAACUCUGGUCUAAUUUUUUAUCAA